AUGUGGCCAUUUUAUAUACCUUAUCCUCCAGAACAAAAAGAUGGGUUUUGGGGUGUACCUACUUCAACAAUUGAUUGGUGUGAAGAAAAUUAUGUAGUGUCACCUUUUAUCGCAGAAGCUUUAAAUACUACGACGAAUUCAGUUUUCAUUGCAUUAGCUUUAUUUGCAAUUUAUCAUGCUUAUUUGAAUAAAUUAGAGACAAGAUUUAUAUUUACUGCAUUUGGUUUUUUAUUAGUUGGUAUUGGAUCAUGGUUAUUUCAUAUGACUUUAAGAUAUCAUUUUCAAUUAUUAGAUGAAUUACCAAUGAUCUAUGCAACUUGUAUUCCAUUUUGGUCGCUUUUUAGUGAAUUUAAAUCAAAACAUCAAUCUGCAUUAAUUGGAUUGGGGAUUUUCAUGUCUGCAAAUUUAUUAACUGUUAUAUAUUUAUAUUUUAGAGAUCCAACUAUUCAUCAAGUUAGUUAUGCAAUUUUAAAUGGUUUAAUAAUUUUAAAAUCAAUUAAAUUAAAUUUAAAAUAUGUUCAUGAUGAAAAAGCCAGAACUCAAUUAAAUAAAACUGCGAUUUUUGGAGUUGGAAUAUUUUUAUUUGGUUAUUUUUUAUGGAAUUUAGAUAUUCAUUUAUGUGAUCUAUUAAGAUCAACAAGACAUUAUGUUGGAAUGCCAUUCGGAUUUUUAACUGAAUUUCAUGGUUGGUGGCAUAUUCUUACAGGUACUGGUGUAUAUUAUUCUCUAGUUUAUGAAGAAUAUUUAAGAUGUUUUCUUACUGGUACUGAACAAUACUAUGAAUUUUCAUGGAUUUGGGGUUUACCUGUUGUUUAUUGUAUAGAUAAACCAGGUUUAGAAAGAGCAAGAGCAAUUAAAAAAUUAAAAUUAGAAGAUGAUAAAUUUAUAAAAAAUAAUAAACAAGAGUAG